AUGGGAGGACCGUCGCUAUGUCGCUCCAUUGUGCUGCUUCUCCUGUUGCAGUGUUGUCCGUCGGCAUGUGUCACUGUCACCAGUAACCGACACAAAGUGGAAGUGAAGGAGUUUUCAGACGCGGUGCUGUCCUGUCUGUACAAGACGGAGAGGGACCAGAACCCACGCAUUGAGUGGAAGAAGAGGGGGCGCGACGUGUCCUUUGUGUACUUUGACGGACACUUCAGAGGUCCAUUUGAAGGCAGAGCGACAAUCGACGGAGCAACGGUCACACUGCAGAGAGUGACUCAGGACGACGCCGGAGAAUACAGAUGUGAGAUCAGUGCUCCUCUGGACUCUGUGAGCCUGGGAGAGACCAACAUCACUCUCAAAGUGCUGGUUCCCCCUCACACUCCCUCAUGUGAGAUUCCCACCUCAGCAGUGACCGGCUCUGUGGUCAGACUGCAAUGUCACGACCAUCAGAGCAUCCCUCCUGCCACCUACUCCUGGUUCAAAGACUCUCAUCCAAUUAGCUCGCCCCGCCACCCCAACGACACCUACGUCCUCAACUCUCACACCGGAGUCUUGGAGUUCAAGUCUGUGUCUAAAGACGACAGCGGACGCUACAGCUGCCUCGCCUCCAACGGCAUCGGGACUCCCAAGAUGUGUGAAGCCAAAAACAUGACAAUAGAGGAUGUGAAUGUAACGGCGGUGGUCGUGGCACUGCUCGUGAUCGGACUCAUCGUCGCCAUCUGCAGCUGUGGAGGCGUCCUGCUGCAUCGUAACGGCUUCUUCAGUCGACACAGAGGGAGGUCGUUCUGGAUUACAGAGUGUCGCGAAGCCUCCGACCAAACGCUGCACCGGCCAGACGACAUGUCCAACGUCAACUACAUCCCUCCGCCGCAGGAGGACUUCAAACACACCCAGUCCUUCAUGCUUUGA